AUGCCGCCCUAUAUAACCAUAAUUAGUAUUUUUUAUCACCAGUUUAUAGAAAUUUGGUGAUAGUCAGUAGGUCUUAGUGUAGUGAAAAUGUUUUAUUUUGUAUUUUGUGUUUGUUUUAUAUUUGCUAGAGCUUACGAGGAUGAUUAUUUCGAAUUUGAAAAAUCAGACAAAUUAGGAGGACUAUGUAACAAAAGGACAAUAUAUAAUGGAUGGGGUUAUAAAGCUACUCCCGGAACUUGCGACCAGUUUUAUCAGUGUGACGACGAAGGUGUUUCACAUCAACAAAGCUGUGCAGCAGGAACGUUCUAUGAUGGAAAUGAAUGUCGACAUGCUGAAAAAGUGCACUGUCCUUAUGACCCUUGCCAGAGGAAACCACAUGGCUACAGUUAUGCUGAUGGCCAAAGUUGCUAUGGCUACUUUGUUUGCAUAGGUGGACGUUCAAAGUACUUGACAUGUUCCAAUGGUUUUUACUACAAUGCACACAAAAAGUCGUGCCACUCUGAUCCUACCUGCUUUAAAGAUAACCUUAAACAUCCUUGCUCUUUCGGAACAACAUACCCUUGUCCUGGAAAGCCAGAUCAAUUCUAUCUAUACGACGGUCGAUCGACAUUGACUACCAUGAGGUGUCCAAAGGGAUUGUGGUAUCGACCGGACUUGUGUACUUGUGAUUGGAUAAUUCCAGGAAAAAUUCAGAAGCACGGUUGUUCUCCAAUGUUUCACUUCACAUACAAUGGAAAUUUUCUGGAAAAGUACAACAGAAUACAGCAAGCUCCAAACAACAACGUUGCUAUUUACCGGAAAUCAGCUCUCUUUAACAAAGGAGGGAAAAUAAUCAUAUGGGCUAUGAACGACAUUGACAUGGAUAACGAAUUUUCUCUGUGCUUUGAGUUCAUGGCAAAAACAUACAAAGGAGAAGUGGCUUUGAUGUCGAAUGACCAACACGGAUAUGGCGCUACCUAUAAAAUAUCCUACAUUCCUGCGCUUGGUGUUGUUAAGGCUUAUGUUUUGCAGAAAAAUAAGCGCCUGAUACAGAUGCAAGUUUUUGGUGUUCACCCAAGGAGAGCACAUUUUGUCCGUUUCGCAAGAUCUGACGAUAAGCUGACACUCAGAGUAAACAACUUGGCACCAGCUACAGUAGAAUGUGAUGAUGGUAUUGCAAAGAAUGGAAAUCCUAUGGUGAUAGGUCAGGCAGGAGGGUGUACAGAUUUCCAAGGAUUCAUCGAUGAGGUGAAGUUUUAUAACUGUGUUCCGAAAGGAUUUCUUGACGUGUAUGAGGACUUGUUGGAGUCUGAUCACCACGAAAGAGACAGCAUUGAAGACUUUCAUUAAUAACAGUUAGCUUUAAAGUUUGACUAUGACAACUGAGUGAUCAUACUAUCAAAAAUUUCAUGUAACCAAAUUUAAAUAAACUGAAUUUCUAAGACCAACUAACAGCCCAAUAUUAAUCUUAGUAAGAUCUCUUUCUUUUGUCAUUGUUACAAUUUUCGAUAUGAAUGUAUUUUUUUUUUAAUAUAUAUUCCAGUUUUAUAUUUAUUUCACUUUAUUGUAUAUUUUACCUUUAAAGAAAAGUAUUGGUUGGGUUAAAUAUUCUUUCAAUAAUGGCAGGGUUGCUAUCAUUAUACUUAUUUUGUAUUUAAAUAUAUAUUUUGUACUUGU